GACCCGGCUUCCUCCACACCCUUUCCUCCUCCUUUUCCUCGUUUUUCCCAGGAUCCGCUCCCGGGGCCAGAAGAGGUCUCCCUCGUUACCCCCGGCCCAGCGCUGGAGCCGGGGGCACCCCGCGGGCUCCGGGCUCGCCCUUUCCCCCGGCGGCCCCGGGAGUGCCGGGAGGCUCCGCGAGUGCCCCGGGCUGCCGGGCCGCCACCAUGGCCAAAGUGGCGGCGGAAAGUUGCGGAGCAGCGCCGGCCGAAGACUUGUCCAAGGUGUCGGACGAGGAGCUGCUCAAGUGGAGCAAGGAGGAGCUGAUCCGCAGCCUCCGCCGCGCCGAGGCCGAGAAGAUGAGCGCGAUGCUGGACCACAGCAACCUCAUCCGCGAGGUGAACCGCCGCCUCCAGCUCCACCUCGGCGAGAUCCGCGGCUUGAAGGACAUCAACCAGAAGCUGCAGGAAGACAACCAGGAGCUGAGGGACCUUUGCUGCUUCCUGGACGACGACCGGCAGAAGGGCAAGAGGGUGUCCCGCGAGUGGCAGAGGCUGGGCAGGUACAGCGCCAGCGUCAUGCACAAGGAGGUGGCCUUGUACCUGCAGAAGCUGAAAGAGCUGGAAGUGAGGCAAGAAGAAGUGGUGAAGGAGAACCUGGAGCUGAAGGAGUUGUGUGUGUUGCUGGAUGAGGAGAAGGGCGGAGGAGCAGGCAGCCGCAGCUCCAUCGACAGCCAGAUCAGCCUGUGCCAGCUGACUGCCACCAGCGCCUACAUCAGGGAUGUUGGGGAUGGCAGCAGCACCUCCAGCACGGGCAGCACAGACAGCCCAGACCAUCACAAACACCACCCGAGCACCAGUCCAGAGCACCUGCAGAAACCUCGGGGGGAAGGAAGCCCUGAGCACCAGAAGCACAGGAGUAUCAGCCCCGAGCACCUGCAGAAGCCCAGGAGUUCUGGCAGUCCCGAUCAUCACCUGAAAGGGCCGAGCCCUGAGCAUCACAAAACCAUUGUCAAAGUACCUGAGCAACAAAAGCACAGCAGCAGCAGUCCAGAAACUAUCCCAAAGCACGUUUUGAGUAGUAGUCCUGAACACUUUCAAAAGCAGAGGCCUGGUGGCAGCCCUGAGCACCAAAAGCACAGCGGUGGCAGCCCAGAUCACCUUCAAAAGCACACGCCCAGUGGAAGUACAGAGCACCUGCACAAGGUGAGGGGUACGAGCCCAGAGCACCUCAAACAGCACUAUGGAGGGAGCCCAGAGCACCUCAAACACCUCAGCGGAGGCAGCAGAGAAGGGACCCUCAGGAGACAAGUGACAGAUGAGCUGUCCCCUCACCACAGGAGUUUGUACAACGGAAUGAAUGCUCCUGCAAGCUGUGAAAAUUUGCCUUGAUCAACUGUGGAGCCUGUACCUGUGACUUGGAUUCAAAGAAAAACAUCAGUGCUUUCUGCCAAGGGUACAAGGCUGAUUCAUCACUCUGUGAUAAGCUCCCAUUUAGGCCAGGUGCAGCUAAGCCUGGAGAAAAGCAUUGAUUCCUGACCCACAUCCCCUCCUGGCUCCUGAGUUUGUUUUUGGCUUACAAUGAACAAACUUUAAUGAUGUUCAAAAUCCAUCUUAUGACUUUUGUGGUCAGCAAACAUUGCUGAGGACAUUAAGAUGAGCCUCUAAAAAUAGUGUUGGAUUAUGAGAAACAAAAAGAACAUUCCACUGGAGGCAGAUGAAUCUAUCAAGCACAACCACAUGACUACUGUGAGGCAGAACCUGCAGACUGACUCAGAUCCUUCCAAGGAUUUGAGCACUUCACUCCUUGCUGGCACCUGCCUUGCACUGAGAUGGGAUGCCCAGACAGAACAUGAUGCUUAAAUAUCCCUGCUCAUGCAGUGCUCUCAAUGAAAUCACUUGUCUGUCACUGUCAUUCACCUUGUUUGUUUGGGUCCAUUUUAGGAAAUGAUGUAACCUGAAGUUAAAUUUUGAAUUUUAGGUUUUUGCAGUGUCACUAAGUCCAAAAAGAAAACAUGACAAGAAAGCAUUUCAGCAAUGAUUUUUUCCUAACCAGCUCUCCAACCACUGGGACCAAAGGCUCUUCAGUGUUAACUGAGCAGCAGAAGAGACCAAAUCUGUCUCCUCCAGGUGCUGGUGCUGAGAACUCUUUGAUUCAUUCCUGUUGUUGGAAUUUGAUGCCUGGCCUACACUCCAGUCCAUACUGCUGAAGGCUAUGUUGUGAUCACUUACAACCAUAGCAUGUGCUCAUAUUGUAGAGAAAAGAUCCUGAGUUUUUAUUAAAACAAAUCCUAAUUUCAGUGUGAAGACAUUGGGAUAUUAUGUGUUUUAGCUUCUCCCUGAACAUAAUCAAAUGCUAAGAUUUUUUUCACUUUUGAGUGGACUGAAAUGUUCUAUUCAGCCUGAAUUUCUGGAUUGGCCAAGAGCUUGGAAGUGGCUGAUCAGACUGUCUUGGAAGCACAGAUCCCAGGGUUUUGUGCUGUCAAGCUACUCCAUCAUCCUGGAUUUGUCAAGAAUGAGUUGAACAGGGUUGAUGCCUUGUAUUGAUUGCAAUAUUGCAAGUACAGCCAGUUGUAUCCAUGGAAUCCUGAAAAGGUGGCUGGGGAGCUCCAAAAGGAGAUGUAGCACAAAAGGACUUGCAUGACCCACUUUCUACAGCAAUGCAAAUUCAAUGUAUUUACUUAUCAGCUGCCACCUGAAGUUGUCCUUCAGACACUGAAGUCAGUGUCCUGGGCAACAUAUUCUAUUCCACCUUUCCUGUUUCGUGGUGUUUUUAUUUUAUUCAUUUUUUAAACUAAGGAAACCUGACUGUUAAUUCCAGUGUCACUUUGGAAAAUGGAUAUUUGAAGGAUUGGUGAAGAAUAUUUUAAUGAGAAACAAUUUCUAUUGGUGUUGAGAGCAAAAUACUGCUGAAUUUAUCACUGAAAAGCAAUGUAGCAAACCUUGCCUGUGUCUGCUUUGUGCUUUGUAGAGCUGCACUUAGCACAUGGAUUUUAAAGUCAGUUGAUGUUAGAUAUUAAUCCUGUGUGUCACUUAAACCAAAUAUAAGAUUUUUGAAUAUUCCUUGUCCUUGUUGCAGGGGAAACACGAUCUUGACUGCAAAGACACAGUCAGAUGAUGCUUGUUCUCAAAUUUAACAUUUUAAGUGCCUUUAAUACCUCCCCAAUUUUGUUAGAUUUUGAUUUAUUUGUUUGUGCAGUGCUGCUCAGAAACACAUAAUGAUGCAUAGGAAGCAAAGAGGCUCUGGAGAAUCUUGGGGAAGAAUCUGUAGUGAAAGAUAAAAGUUUCUAGUAGGUUUUUACUCCCUGGAAUGAGAAAAAUCCAGAUAGUAUUUGCAUUUUGUUUAUUAGGAAAUGCUGUUCCCCAGGGAAGCAGGAGCACUUUCAUGCCAAGCACUGAGGCUUGCUGGUCUGUGGCUUUGCUCAUCAGGUGGCAGGAGAGCUGGCUGCUGCCUGAGCCAGCUGCUUGAUUUGCAUCUCAGCUCAUGGAACUGCUGAUGUGGGGCCCAAGUGCCAAAUUUGUGUCCCAUCCUGUCUGUGCACCCACAGUGGGAAGGGUUCUUUGGGAGUUUCUUCACUGCUCCAGAAGUCUCAUCAACAGAGCACAGUCUCAGUUCAGCCACACCCAGAGACAGCUGUUGCAAACAUAGAGAUAAAUUUCAGCAAGCACAGAUUUCUCUGUUUUAAUGGUGUAAAUCAGAAGUGGCUCUUUGCCCUGCAGAUUGCAGGUACAGUUCUGUUUCUGAGCACCAUCCCUCCAGCAAUCUAAAUUCAGGGUUCAGCUUCUGAGGGCUUGAGCCAGCUCAGAUCUGUGGAGAACCAGGGAUGGAUGGGAUUGUAGACCUUCACUUGGCGUGAUGCUGGCCUGUCACCUGUGGAUCUGUCCAUGUCCAGCUCCAUCUGUGUUUAUUCCCCAUGCCAUGGAAAGUGUGCCCUGAUAGCAAAGCAGUCAGCUGGGCUAGAGGCUGACUGUGGGGAGUUGUAGGAUUUUGGGGAGAGCUCAUCAGACAUGGGGAUAAUCAGUCCUUUCACCCCUUUUUGCUCUGGUUUUGUGAAUAUGUGUUUUUAUGUAUGUGUUGUGCAGAAAACUUCUCCCUCUGAACACAAAGCCAAAUGCUGAAAAGCCCAAGCACAAGUAUGUGUCAGAAAUGAAAGCUGGCAAAAUAAAUAUUCAGUGACAUUUAUUUUCACAGAUUCACAGCUUAUUCUGAGUUGGAAGGGGCCCACAAAGAUCACAGAGUCCAACUCUUUAGUAAGUGGCCUGUGUGGAGGUUGGACCCACAGCCUUGGUGUUAUGUGCUGAAUUCCUCAUCAGAGGGAAGGACUAAAAGUCUGUAACACUGGUCAUCAGAUUAACAGCAUUUAUGCCUCUUCUGGAAAUGGCCCUUGCAGUAUGUCUGUCCUUUUCAGGCCCAAAAGCUUCUGCCUGGUUCGUGCUGCAGAAGUUUCUGAUUUCCACGGAGUCCUGUGAGCUUCUGCAAGGUCCAGAGCAAGUCUGUGACUCCAGAGCUGGGACUGGGGUGCCCAGGGCAGAGGAGGACGUUGCUGUUUUCCUUUGCUCCCUUGCUUGCUGUGGAAAGCCAUUGGCAAAUCCUGUCCUUGCUCCAACUUGUAAUGCUGGAGUUUGACCCUACAGAGAGUCUGGGACCAGCCUUGUGUGACUGAGCAGAGAAAACAUCUCUGCCCAGAGAGUUUGGCUGGAUUAUCUCAGGGAGUUCUGGCCCUGGAAAGCUCCUGUGUGUGGGCUGGGACAGCAUCGAUGUGUGAACAUCGAUUAGCGUGUGUGAACCCUCCCCUGGUGGCAGCCCAGUCAGAAAAAUGGCUUUAUGAAGGUGAGACCUUGAUGUGUGUAAAGAGCUGUGGGUGUGCUGUUACCCUGAGGAAAUGCUUACACCUGUCAGUAGUGCCUGCUUCCUGCUUGCAGCUCUUAUCAAUACUUCUGGAAGCAAUUCACCAACCACAGAAACAGUGUCAUCAUCACCUGUGUGUUAAGAACCAUGAGCUAAACAAAAGACAAGACAGGAUUAAUCAGCCACCACUUAGUGCAGGUUUCCUGAGGUAUUGCUGCUGAUUAUUCCAUUGCAUCAUGUCAGUUUUCUAACAGUUUUAUUCUUAGAUUAGUCUGUUUUCAGCAUGGUGUAAAAACUGGGGCUGAAGUUACUCACGUGCCUAGAAAACACCUUUAUGAACAAUCAGCUCGAGACAAACAUUUUCAAUGUGUUUCCUUUCAAAAUCAACUUUUAAGGCAAUGCUUCCUUCCUUCCUGAAUUUCCUGAACUGGGCCAGUGGGAAACAAAGCUAUUUUUAAUUCUCUUUUGUCUGUGCAGCAUUCCUGUUAGAAGCCAUUAAUCUACCUUUUGCAUUUACAGGGCUGCUGAAAAGUGUCCUGGCACACAAAGUGAUUUACAAUGGAUCCACAGCUGAAGGGCUGUGAUAGCUUUACUAGAAGCUCUGUUUUCUGACCUGUUCUUCAUGGCCUGUUUUUACUCUUACAGUGUAGUUGUGUAGCUUGAGUUCUCUUGAUCUGGGAAAUGAAGAUGCCAGUACUAACCAGAGGCAUGGGCAGCUCUCUGCUGUGGAUUUUGGGCUGCUAACUGGUAAAAUCCAGACGAGCAUUCAUCUUCCAUCAGAAUAAAAUUUGAAAAUGAACAUUCUUGAGCUUAAAAAAAGAGAGAACACAGUAUUUUGGCAAGAUGGUCAUCUGGCCCUCAGCAUCCAUCAAACAGCGUGGCAUAUUGUGACUGUGCCAGGGAGGGGGGAAGUGGUGCUUAGCAGAUCUAAAUCUCCACGGCGAGGCUCAGGCUGAACAUCUGUGACUUGGCAGAUGUGGAAGGGAGGAACUCGGGCUUUGGAGCUGUUCUGGCUGCGUGCCGGCAGCCUCUGUUCUAGCAGGUAGGUGGCUGCUGC